CGGGAGAAAGACGAAGAAGAGCGUGUGGAAAAAGGGAAAGACGAAGCCCCACCACCACCACCACCAUCACCUCAUCCUCAACAGCAACAGCAGCAACAACAACAACAUCAAGCUGGGAUCGACCGGGGGCUCUGAGCUCGUCUAUACGAACAACAUGAACGAAAGAACCAACGAAGGGGAGUCAAUCAGAUUCAGAGCCCGUCUGGAAUGGGGAAGCGACCUCAGAAGGCGAGGUCUGUAAUUCUGGCGAUUCUUCGCGGAGUGCCAGUAACUACCUCACCGUGACCGUGGCAAUAGCGAAGAACAUAUCUAAAGUGAGGAUGAGAGAGUACAAUCAAAGUGCCGGACUAAUGUAAAGACAGGACUUGUGUGAGCCCACAGUGAUACAAGAAGAAGUUGAUUCCUUGGGGCAAGAGUGCCUGCCACCAAAGAGAUCGAAUUUCAACCCCUGGAUAAUACACUUCGCAAUCAUCCAUCCAGAAAAGUAGCGAGGCGAGUCACUUGAAAAAGGGGCAUGACGACAAUCUCCAAUACGCCAAGGGUGUGGCCAUAAGAAAUCAAUAACGAACCAACCACCCUUCUUUGAAUCUCACCCCUCACCUCAUUGGCAUAGUAGCUUCAAGAGCUUGUGACAAACCAAGCGGCUUGAACGGAUCAUCGCAUAAAAUCCAAGUGCCACACCGAAUCGUCCCUCUAGCACCCAUCACAUGAAGCCAUUUCUACGCUCAAAUGGAAUAAGAAAAAAAAGUGACGAAAAGCCAGCAUGUGAACGAACUCUCAAGGGGAGAUAUGCUCCACGUCCAGGCAUGAAAUGCAAAUAGAAGACACAAAAGUUUCGACUAGGAUGUUAGAUCGGUGGUGAUUCCCUUGGACCUCGGCGCUUUCGCAAUCAUGUCUGGUCUUGAGUUAUACAUACCAAAUAGCCGUGAAGUAUUUGAAAGGCUGCCUCUUUGAAAGAGACAUGGCCUCCUCUGCAUGUUGAAACUUCAAUAUGCUGCUCUUAGCCGGUCGCUCAACACAUUGGAGAAAACUGAGCUCGCCAAGAACACGAAAGUGCAGAACAAGGGAGGAACGAGAGAUGAUGGCGAGGACUCUCCCCCGAGGAUAUGAUGAAAGUUUCCGUUAGAAGAAAUUUAAGGCUUUUGCUUCUUCCUUCAUGAAAAAUAUGAGAAUGAGCUGCUGAAAAUUGAGAUAUUGCUCAUUUUCACAUUCCCCCAAUAGAUACACAAAGCAAAGUGGUGUGUGAGUAUGUCGCUGGUAUCGUACUCGUUUACUUUCUCUCUCUCUCUCUCUCUCUCUUUCCGUCCUCUGAAACCAGACUCCUUCAGCACGGACUUGUCUAACAACCAAAUUCCGUGUCAUCAAAAUUGUUGUUGAGCGUGGCCAGACUCACAAAAUAUGUUUCUAGUGAGGCAGCCAAACACCAAAAACGCACUCGAAACGAGGCAAUGCCCUUCAACAUGCCAUGACAAGAGCUCCUAGAUGUUCAGGGAGAUAAGUGUAGCUGCUAAAAAGAGUAUCGCACAACAUGUUAUUAUCCCGUCGUUCAACGAGCCGCACUCGAUGGCUGGAAAAUUCGGAAGCUCGACGGUCAUGGUGCGAUUAUUGAUUGACAUCUUAGCUCCUAUUCAUGUUUAAUCUGUUUUUCUCAAGAGCACCAAACAAGAACUCAAUCGCAACUACAUCAGUUAUCCGUUGCCGAGCUUCUCAUUUAUGUCUGAACAGAGAGAGAGACUCAUUGGACAAAACCGAUUCAUUGAGGUGUGUUUGAGCGAUGCAGGGAAAGAAGACGUGAAUAGUGCUACCACACAAGUCAUGCACCAAAGUACAAAGUUUCACUCAAUCAUGAGUCGAUUAUUCCGAGAAGAAAGAGUGGAAAGGAAGUAGCGAGGAUACAAAAACAAAUUCUUUUAAGCCCUUUCUAGGGCCACAAGUGUUUACUUUCCUAUUAGAGCGACAUAAAAGCCCCCUUCUCACAUGAAAGGAGAGCGACUGGGAGAUGAAGGGAGUGAGUGCAUUGCUCCUCCCAGGUUAUUGAGAUUCGGAUGAACUAAAGCGUGCAGCAUCCCACUGAUAACGAUGGACUGGAUAAGCGAGACAUAAGCCCCUUUUUCGUGCACAGGUCAUAAUAAUAUCUCGAAUGGAGUUGCUGAUCUGCAGAAGUCGUCGUUAAUGUUGGAGUGCAGUGAACACAUGAAUUAAACGCAUAUGAGGAACCCAGGAAACGGAGGCAUAUUCCUUAAUUACAGUGACGUCGAUCAAGCUCUUCAUAGAGAGUCAGGAUGAUGAUCAGGACAAAUGUGAUGAUCAGUGAAUAAACCUCAGAUGACAUGGAGGAAAAGGCUUUGUGUAAUCCUUGGUAAAUCACAUUACUGAUCUGUACAAGAGAGGAAAGAUGAUGUUCAUUCAGUUCCUAAUCUGCUUUUUGUUACUUAGUCUCCUUCCUCUGGCUUUCCGAGGAACGGAAGCCAAGGAGCGGAGGAGGCGAAUGGAAGUGAAAAUGCCGGAAGCUUACACUGCCAUGCAGGGUUAUAUUGAGGUUUCGUUUAAGCUCAUGGAGCCCAACGCAGCCCAAUACAAUGCCAUGAUUCAUUUGGAAUUCCUUCAAGGUGACUCAAUUCUGCUCAAUGCCAAAGGACAUCACCCAUCCCAAGCGAAGAAGCUGGCAAGUCUGCCAGUGCCAAUCGGAAUUCAAGAUGGGGUCGUUGUCUUUCAAUGUGGAACCAUUAAACACGCCGGGCCUUAUCGGGCUUUCCUUACAGUUAAUGGCGAGAGGAAGGUGGAGAGCGACGUCUUACAUGUGUCUUGGCCGUUGAUGAGUAUCACGGUCCCCUCCAAAUUGGAAACUUAUGCCACCGAUGUGUCGGUGACGGUCUCGUUCACCCGGGGUCUUUGCGAGACUUUUACGACCUUUGGAGAUUGGGGCUCUCAUCCCAGCCCAUUCCAGACCAAGAGAAAGUCAAGGCUCGGAUUCCAAACUCAACUGGACUUGAUUGAGUGUUCCGACAGCACAAUCAAUCCCGAAUAUCAGGAGUGCCAAGCUCCCAACUCCCUGGUAUCACAAAACGACACUCUCAAUCGGGUCUGGUGGUCUCAUCCGGUUCCAAAUCUAUACCGGAAGUCCUCCUUCACGGUGACACUCAAUUGUUCAGUUUGGGGCCAGAGUGGCACAUUCAGAUUGUAUUUGCGAACGAACCUCUCAUUGGCUAGUGUCGUGGCCAGAAGCUCGGCCAUUCGUGUUCACGAGAACAGAGAUUUUCAAAUCAAGAACGAAGAAGCUCCUUUCGUCUUGCCAUGUCUUACCAAUGAUGCCAAGGCAAUCUCUGUCAGAUCUCCGCACUGCUCCAGUUCUCAUGACAGCAUUAAAGUGUUUGGCCAAGGGAUUCGCUCGGUCGGCAAUGGCAAUUUGGUCCCUUCUGAAUGGGAUUAUUUAGGAGAGAAGAAGAUCAGCACCCACGCCGAUGUCAUGUUCAUCCCUUGCAACUUUUUUGACGACGUUUACUGGAAGUUUUGCUUCCACUACGUGACUCAAACCGUCCUAGGAGAGACCCAAACCAUGACCAAGAUGUGCUUGUCGGCCAAAGAACCCAGCGAGGCCAUUCCACUUUCGAGUUGGAGUUCGUGGAGCCCUUGGUCAUCUUGUAGUGUAACUUGCGGACUCAGUGGCUACACCUCCCGCCAUCGGAUGUGCCAAUUGCCUCAAAACACGGAUAAAAGGAUUCUAUGCGAGGGUCAUCGGGUGGAACAAAAGCCUUGCCGAGAAGUGGUCCCUUGUCCGGGGGAAUCUUUGGCGGACAUUUCGUCUGCGCGACAUUUGGUCGACAUGAGCACCCACGUCAUUGGAUCAUCAUUCUGGACCCCUUUGUUCCAAGAGAAUACGAUCUCGCCCUGUUCCUGCGGAUGCAUUUAUAUUGUGGGAGAAACACGCCAAAUCCGAGUGACCUCGGGUCAGAACUGCUCCUUUAAUGGGAAUAGUCUUCGUUGGAGAGUGAGGGUGGCGGACAACGAUACCAUGAAGGUGAAUGUCUCAUUGAUCCAACACUCGUGUCUGGACGGAAUUCUAGAAAUUCGAGACGGUGAAGGCCAAACUGAUCGGCUCUACCGGAAUCAUAAUCAAAGGGCGCCAUCAAGUUCCUCCUCAUCUUCCGAUAACAAUAACAGCCACAGCCAGAGCGUCGAAGAUCCUGAUGACAAUGGAAGCAACAACCUCAAUGGCCUUUUGUCCCGCGUCGGAUUCUUCAAUAGUUCCGAGCUCCACAUCCAAAGCCAAGGAUCGGUUCUAACAUUCGAACUGAUCUCUCCUGAGACGAAAAACUGCCAAAUCAACUUGGACCUUGAUGUUCGCCGAGUUCACACUCCAAUGGGAAGUUCCUCAAUCCUUCAACAAGUGACGACUUGGUUUCGUCUCCUGUUCCAACAUUUCCCCACAUUGGUCCUGGUGCUGGUCUCGUUCCUUCUGGUCUCGAUUGCAUGUUGUUUCUGUCUGAUUUGUCAGAUCGAAUAUAGAAAGAGGAAAUACGUCGCCUGGAAAAGUCAGGCCAGCUCAGGGUAUUCCACACCGACUCAUUGCGCCAAGAAUUAUAUUGCCCUGGAGGAUAUUGAGACCGCAGCGUCCUCAGUGGACGACAUAGCCCCUCUAAUUAUAUCCAGAAGAAAGGACAACCGAAAGAAUAAGAGACUCAAAUUCCGAAUGGACCCGGAGCUCAUUCGAGAUCAGUCGGGAUUGGAUAGAUUGGAACACCAUCGACGCUCACUGCCCUCUUCCCCAUUUCUCACCCGACGACUCUCACCUUCGUCCAGUCCCAAUUUACCCCCACCUUCCCGACCAAUCACUGCCGAACAGGUCAAGAAGGCCCUAGCCUCGAAAACGAGGAAAGGCCGGGGAGGCAAGCACGUGACCAGGUCCAUGACUAAACGACCUCGAGUUCCUAUCCCAACACCCACCCUGUUGGGGGCGAAGAAGAGGAACUCGAAAAGCCUCUCGGAUAUUCUGGCCAUGCUGAGCCAAGAGCGUGAUCGCCGUCUUGUUGUCAUUGAUCCCGCCAAACCUAAGUUCAAAAAGCCCACCGCCGUCCUCAAGCCCAUUGUAAUGGCCAAUGCUUCGCCGAGUAAACCUCGACAAGCUUCCCGCUUUAGCCUCAACAAUGGAGGUGGUGGUGGUGGCCAUGGGGUCACGGCCACUGUGACAACCUCGUCGCUUCGAAAACCGCUCCUAAAUCACUCCCUUCAUCGCUUCAACAAAUCCAGUACCACACUCCGCAGUAGUGACUCCCAAGACACCCUGAAACCCACAAGCUCGCUUUCCGAGUUCUCAGAUGGGGGCCAGUCCUGCAUGUCAGGAGCGGAGUUAGAAUUUGAUUUGUACGAUUGCAAUAUCGAGAAUGUGGGCACAUAUCCUGGCUCCAUGUUUGCCCAUCCCUGGGCCAACGGGGAUAGAGAUGGCGAGCAGAUGUUCGAGGGGAGACUGUCUUCUUUGGGCGGCGAGGAUUUCCAAUUGACCGAGUUGUUUCCGGCCCACUCCUACUAUAUGAACGGGGGCGGCCACGGUGGAACCUUGAAGAGAGGGGAUCCCUUGGCACGCAAUGGGCGACUGGGACGCGACGAGGACAUGAUCCAGAGUCGAACCAGUGACCUCACAGCCUCGGUAACCAGUGCCGACCUCGGAGCCUCCGGGUACUACGUCAUUAGCGAGCCUGAUCCGAAUUACCAGACCGUAGAAGACGAGGACGAAGCCAGAGAGACUGAUCGCUUGUUGGAUCUUUACGCUGUCAGAGCCACUCGCCGUCAUCAUCCCAACGCGAUCAUGAAUCUUACACAUAUCGACGAUGAUAUAUCGUAUGCAGACGACUGAUUCCACAACAUGCCUAAUUCUCAUUCAUACAUACAUGUACAAGUACUAUAUAGUAUACCGUCUAUUUGUUGUUGUCAGCUUGGAGCGUAACUGCCGCAACUCCAAAACUCUUUAUGUUUAAUGAUAUUAGUCCUCAAUAAAAUUGCCAUCCCGCCCCGCUCAA